AUGGCUCGUUUUUUCGUCGGCCUGCUGGCGCUGCUGGCGCUCGGCUGCCUGGUCCACCAGGCCACCGCUGUUGACGGGGGCUCGUUCUGCAAGUACGUCGACCGGCGCAAGGUGCAACUGCGCCUGCGCGCGCUCUUCAAUGGCGCGUCAGGACCCCCGUCCCUGUACUUCAGCACCCUGAACCAGCUCGCCAAGACCAACAACUGGAUCUGCAAGGCCUGCGGGAGGGGGACCGACAAGGUCAUCGCGAUUCCUGGAAACACCACCACCACCAUCGACACCCUCUACCCGGGCUUUGGGCAGUGCUUCUGCGAGCCAGGGUUUGGCGCCUGGAGCUACACAAUCGGGCGCACCUCCACCACCACCCCCCUGGUGGUCGCCAACCCCGGCAAGACGCUCCAGGGCAUUGGCUGCAGCAAGUGCCCCAACGGUGUCCGCGGCCCAAACACUUACAAUGGUUCGACCAUCGACACCACUGUGGGCCCCUACAACAGCGCCACCAACACCUGGACGCAGACCAGAUGCGCUUGCAGGGUCACCGCCACCGGCGCGUCCUGCUAG